AUGAUUUGUGGACUUCAUCGAAAUAAUUGGGAUAGUAGGAGUAUUUUGACAAACUGUAUUACAGUACAGAGCGAACCUUGCGAAAUGCCAUUAGCACGAGACUUAUUAUAUCCCGACCCACAAAAAGGUAAGGAACGAGAGCGAUGUAAGCUAAAAAGAUUGGUACAGCAGCCGAAUUCGUUUUUUAUGGAUGUGAAAUGUCCUGGCUGUUACAAAAUUACUACAGUAUUCAGUCAUGCUCAAUCAGUAGUAGUCUGUGUUGGAUGUAGUACUGUACUUUGCCAGCCAACUGGUGGAAAGGCUCAUCUGACAGAAGGAUGUUCGUUUCGGAAAAAGCAACAUUGA